AUGUAUUCUCAUCAUAAAAAUUUAAAUGUUGGUGAUGCCGCUUGUACAAUAGCAUCAGCAACUAGUUUUCCUGAACCAUUUCUACAUGAUGGAAAACAUUUACGUCAUAUGCAUCGAAAUCUUGCUGGAAAUCGUUUUUCUGAUCAUGUUGCUUUACUUAAUGCAUUUCAACAAUAUGAAAGAGAAAAAAAUCGUAAUGGUGAACGUGGUGAAAUGGAUUAUUGUGAACGUAAAUGUCUUAAUUUAUCAACAAUGCGAAUGACUUAUGAAGCACGAG